CAAUGCAACAGUAACAACCCGACAAGAUGGACGGCAAACAACAACCUCAAAUGCAGCGAUAAUAACGUGAAGACAAGAAACGAUCGUUGUAUUAAUGGAGAAUGUCGUGGACAACCUUACACGUGUCUAUCAUGCCAAGAUCACUACAACGACACGUGCAGGCGAAAGUCUGGAUACUGUAUCAUCAAAACCAACAAUGUGGACACAUGUUACCGCGCGAAUACGGGAAAACCCGGGAACCCAUGUCAGGUAGGGCAUAGCCUAUCGAAGGGAAAAUGGCUGUGAAACACAUUAGAAUAACAAUAUAACUCAUCAUCUAUGUUAGAAUAACAAUAUAUCAUCUAACACAUUAAUAACUCACCAUCUGGCACUUAAUUGUCUAAGAAAUUAUUUUUCAAACAGACAACAAUAUGUUGAAUGCAAUGGGGCAACGUCCUCGUUUAAAAAACCAUAAGACGUGGAGUACCUCAAGGUCCGUACUUGGACCAUUACUAUUUCUGAUAUAUAUUAAUGAUAUUUGCAAUGUCUCAGAUGUCUUGGAGUUGGUCUUAUUUGCUGAUGAUACCAAUCUAUUUUUUUCUCAUCAUGAUCUAUAUAACUUGACCAACAUCGUCAAUAUAGAGUUACUUAAGUUAUCUGAAGUCAAACUAUAUUAUUUUUCGACCGCGGCAAAAGCGACAAAUUACUAGUUUUGCCUAGAACCAAGUUACGCCAAUUCUCUGUGUCCUAUCAAGGUUCAAGUUUUUUAAAUACACUAAGUAACGAUAUUCGUCUUGCACCAACUCUUCAUCAAUUCCAAUUCAAAUUAAAAAACUUCUUAUUCUCUCGACUAUAGUAUGUUUUUAAUACUUGGGUCUCCAACCCAGUGAUUCCAAAUUUAGUCUAUCUGACUACUAUAGCACAGCUGUGAAUUAAUUACUGUAAUACGUCUAUAAAAGAGAAAGUCCACAAGUGUCAAUAAGCCUUAUGGUUUUUCUUUUGGAAAGAAUUCCUUUUUUGUGGCAAUUUAAUAAAUUGAAAUUGAAUUGUAUAUGUUAGUCCACGUUUAUGUAAAUUAUAUUACGCGAUGAUGUAAAUCACAAAAUCAGAGAAUACGGUAGGUCGUUUGAAAUUUGCCCCAAUCGCUGCUUGUACAACAUAGUAAACAUUUAGUGUAAUGUUUGCCUGGUGUAAGUUACUGUCUAUUCUGCAUUUUCGUUUCUUCCUAGUGGCAGUAGUGUGGUAUUCCUAUACAGAGUUAAAUGGACAGAUGUCGUAAAAACUAACCUCUGUACAAAUAUUGAAAAUGCAGAAUAGGCAGUAACUAAAAUCAGGCCAACAUUUCACUAAAUACUUCGACAAACUUCCUUUUACCUCAGAUUUUGCGAUUAACAACGUCGUAUUAUAUGAUUCACCGUUUAUUGUUGAAGCCAUAUUUCAACGUGUUAUCCAAAUUACGACGGAAGUAGAAUAAAUCAUUUUCUGCGAAAAUACAAACUUCUCAAAGCACUAAUUAACUAGUUAAAAGUACUAAUUGAAAAAUCUAUAUCUUCAGUGGUGCAAUCCAAGUACGACUACAUCUGCAUGGACAAACAGAAAUGGAAUAUCUUGUGAUGAUCGGCAGAAAUGCACGCGCUCAGAUAAAUGUACAAAUGGCCAAUGUGGCGGCAUCAGUUUUAAGUGCAAUACAGUGUGUCAAUACUGUGAUGGAAAUGGUUGUAGUUUGAAUACAGGUUUUGGAUAUGUUGGAGGAAAAUGUACUUGUAAAAUAGCAGGUGGGUGAACAUUACUGAUCAUAAUAUUUUCCCCUUUAAUAACACUGGAUCAAUUAGGGUUGGCUCUCAACGGACCUCCAGCAAGAACAGUUUAGAACUGAUGGGGCUAUCCAGCAUAAAUGAAGUUUAGUUUUUUGUUUUGUUUAGGUUUCCUCCUGUAAUAACACUGGGUUAAUAAGAGAUGAUUCUUACUGGACAAUUUAGAACUGAUAGAGCUAUCCAGCAUAAACAGAGUUAGUGUAUGUUUUUUUCCUACGGUAACACUGGAACAAUAAGGGAUGGCUCUUAAAGCUAAUUUCCUCUCCGGAAAAUAAGCAGCAGAUCGGACCGGAUCGGAACAAACCAAAAUCCGCGGAAACGCCAUCAGUAGAAAUGUUUGGUUCCGGUUGAUCCGGCGACGUUGCUGGCUGGAUAAUAAUAAGUUGAAAUAUUUUCAACUUUUUUUGGUCCGGUUCCGCGGAUUGAACUUGGCGACCAAUCAAAUACCGCAUUAUCUAAAAUAAAUUAAAUAAUACCUGUAUAAAAAUUACAAAAUGUAGGAUGCGAGACUGGAACGAACUCUAUUUUUUCCUUUUCCGAUGCGAUCAUUCCACUUGUCCUUUUACCAUUGGUCUCCCGAAAAAAUCCAUACAAUUGCUUUAAAAUGCAAUGCUUUGACAUGCAAUGUUUCAUUGUACAGUAAAACCUCUAUAAUUUGUAUUACAUGAAGUACGUGUAACAUCACAAUAGCGUUGCAUCAUUAUGUAAUAUAUAUCCCCAAGAUUGGCAAGAAAAUACAAAUUUAAAACUGUAUACAAAAACUAAAUGACGAAAAAAACUCGUACAUAAACAUCGAAAUUCAUUAAAAAAGACUAACUCACUAUGGUGUUUGUACAUCGUGUUUUUUUGUUCUCUCAUCACUUUUAAACGAGUUAAUUUUGCGAAAAUUCCGAGGAAAAUUCAUCAACUUCGUGGCUCAAUUUGGUCAAAACUAUGCGACAUGAUGACGACUCACUUUAAACUUGCUGAGCACGCGCAGUUGAUCAUUUUUCGCCCGGUCGCCUGAAAAAAAGUGGGUACAUGAUAACGUAAUCUUCCGCAGUGUUUACAACGGUCAGUUACGUCUCAGUAUGUCUUAUCUACUCUGUGAUGCAACGCUAUUGUGAUGUUACACGUACUUCAUGUAAUACAAAUUAUAAAGGUUUUACUGAAGCAUUGCAUGUCAAAGCAUUGCAUUUUAAAGCAAAUUGUAUGGAUUUUUGGGUUUGGUGGGUAAUCCCAGUGAGCAUAUAAAUAUACAUAACAUCUAAAAUCUAACUUGGAACGGUUGCAAAAAAUGGAAUACUAGUACUAGGGCCAAAAAAGUGGGUAUCCGGUUUCCCGACCCUACCUAGCUUUUGGACGUCGAAAUCCCGACCCUAAACUUUUUUAUUGGAUCAUGCUUGUAAGUGUUUCCACUUAGAAGAAAAAGUUUGUGGAAAAUUGAAAUUUGAGGAAAUAUUAGGGAAAUUUAUCUUUGGAUGUGGAAGCACUGACUAAACAAAAUGGCGUCCGCUUGUUCGGAAAAUUAAAAAAAAAGUUUAAAUUAAAAAAAAAAGUUAAAACCGACCUACCCUACCUAAGUUUUUAUAAGAAGAAACCGGAAACCCACAUAUUUUUUUUUUGGCCUAGUCCUCCGGCAUUUUAUACAUUUAUUACGACCUAACAGGAACAGCUACGAAAAUGCAGCUAUAGGCCCUCUGGCAGGAAUAGAACCUGCGGCCCUGCGAUUCCGAAAUUGUGUCAUCGGAGACAAGAUAAAAGGCUCUGAAGCCAGCAUCUCAAACACGAAAGGAGACUGUAUGGCCAAGAUGGAGCACUUUCCGAAAAGUAUAUUGGGUGGCAACCCACAUAAACACACAUUUACUGACUGGGUCAAUUAAAGUCAAACUUACAUUUCUUGGUAACAGGUAAAGACUACAACCACCAACAGCUAAAUCCAGGCAAUCAAUGUCAGUGGUGUGACCUUUAUGACAAAGCUUCCAAAUCAAGCUCUGUGUGGACCAACAGACCCGCGGUCUCUUGUACCGAUGGUAAUCCCUGUACGAAACAAGAUCUCUGUCAAAGCGGCCGAUGUGUGGGUAAGGCAUACAGUUGUCAAUCAUCCUACCCGCAGAUCAGUUGUAUACAACGCUCUGAGUGCGUGGGAGACGGUACUUGUAGGGAUAUCAUGAGAAUCAAAUGGACAAUAUGCCGUCCAGUUGUGGAUAAGUGUGAUCAACCUGAAAGGUGAGAGGACAGUUCGGUCAACAUGCAUGACGAUUUUUUUAGUUAUGCCUUGGAGAACUAGGGAACAUUGUUUCCUAGCCAUGUUUACCGAAGGUGGGCAAACCAGGAAACAUUGUUUCCUAGCCAUGUUUCCUGAAGGUGGACAAACCAAGAAACAUUGUUUCCUAGCCAUGUCUCUCAAAGGUGGGUAAACCAGAAAACAUUGUUUUCUAGCCAUAUUUCUCAAAGGUGGGCAAACCAGGAAACAUUGUUUGCUAGCCAUGUUUCCCGAAGGUGGGCAAACCAAGAAACAUUGUUUCCUAGCCAUGUUUCCCGAAAGUGGACAAACCAGGAAACAUUGUUUCCUAGCAAGUUUCCUGAAGGUGGACAAACCGGGAAACAUUGUGUCCUAGCCAUGUUUCCCGAAGGUGGACAAACCAGAAAACACUGUUUUCCAGCCGUGUUUCCUGAACGUGGCCAAACCAAGAAACAUUGUUUCCUAGCCAUGUUACGUGAAGGUGGACAAACCAAGAAACAUUGUUUCCUAGCAAUGUUUUCUGAAUAUGGGCAAACCAGAAAACAUUGUUUCCCAGCCAUGUUUCUCAAAGGUGGCCAAACCAAGAAACAUUGUUUCCUAGCUGUUUCUUAAAGGUGGGCAAACCAAGAAACAUUAUUUCCCGCCAUGUUUCCCAAAGGUGAACAAAUCAGGAAACAUUGUUUCCUACCAUGUUUCCGGAAAGUAUUGCAUCAAAUUUAAGGCAAAAAGAAUCAAGAUUUUCAGCAACAAAAGGUGGCAAGAAGAUAGAAUAACAUAACCAAAAAUAAAAUAGUCUAAUUUCUCUUUCACAGAUGUAACGGUGCCCUGGGAACAUGUCCACCGCGUGUUGUCGACGCAAUUAGAAUUCAAGGAGGGCAAUCUGCUUUAACUCUUUCAAACUUCGCAAGUUCCAUCGCAUACCAACCAACCACGGACAAAUUCUACCUUAAACUAACUGGUUUUGCAGUCACAUGUGGUGCGCUCACUAUAAAAUGGUCUUUACUCAAAGGCAAGGACAGCUGCGCUCUUGGUAAAAAACCCGGUAACCUGACUAACACAAACAACCACGUCCUUAGCCGGUUAACUUUACAAAUCGGCGAGGCAUAUAAAGUAGUUGUACAGGCUUACGAUAUUCGUGGACAGUCUGGGUUACCUGUAUGUAGCAACGUGGUUACCAUAGAUACCAGCAGGCCGAGUGGAGGAUGGAUUCGCGAUGGACUGGGCUCGAAAGACGUUCAAUUCCAGUCAAGUAAAACGAUCAGUUCAACCUGGGGUGGUUUUAAAACAAGUCAUGGUAUAGCAAAGUAUGAGAUAGCUGUGUACCAUAACGACACUGUAUUACAAUUUUUUACUGAUGUCAACCUCAAAGCAUCUUUUUCCAAAAUCUUUUCAGUAAUCACAGAUGGCAGUGAAAUUAUCACAAAAGUCAGAGCAUUUACAAAGGCAGGUCUUUAUUCGGAAAUUUCCAGCAAUGGGGUGACGGUCGAUACCUCCAAGCCUAAACCAGGGACGGUCUCGGACGGCCCGUCCUCCGAUCUCAAGUAUGCUAGCUGGACUAGGACCUACGAUGCCAGCUGGACCCAAUUCACGGACGCUCAUACACCUAUUGUCGAGUACAAGCUCGGUGUGAAAAGAAAAGAUGGCGGAUUGGUUUCGUCCGGGUUGACUUCGGUCGGUUUGGGACGUGCCGGUCAAGUGUCGGGAGUGACUCUAACCUCGGGGAUCCAGUAUUGCGCUAUUGUGGAAGGGGUCAACGCGGCCGGUCUUAGUACCCAGGCUUCUUCCGACUGUCUCCUCAUAGACCACUCUGCACCGCGACCUGGCACGGUCAAUGAUGGAACCUCGGAAGACGUCGACUAUCAAUCUGCGGACAACGAGACUCACGCAAACUGGAAUGGAUUUGACGACGGGCAAAAGGGUAGCGGACUUGCGGAAUAUAGAUACAAAUUAACGGAUAAGAAUAACAAAAAUAUUACAUCAUGGGUUUCUGCGGGUCUUCAAACUAAAAUCACUAUCACAGGGUUAAGCCUUUCAAAUGGUAAUACGUACUAUCUGACAGUACGAGCAGUUGAUAAAGUUGGACAUUACGUUGAUGUCAAAUCAGACGGAGUGUUUAUCGAUAUAAGCCAUCCAGUUUAUACAGGCAGUAUGAGCGUCCAGGGUGAGACAGCUCAAAAUAAUGGCGAGACAGUGGUGUAUAUCAGAGAUAAAGACUCCGUGACAGUCUCUUGGCCACAGUUUGUAGACGAACAUAGCGGGAUGAGGAAAUAUCAAUGGACUAUUGUCGAGAAGAAUGUGCAGCCAACAUCGUGGAAAGAUGUACCUGGAGUUAAACUUGCUACCAAAGCUGUUCUAAGGUGAGUACAAACUGGGUAAAGACCUACCUAAAAUGCUCAUGUUUUGUGAUUGGCUUUCAAAAACAAAAAUGAUCAUUGUUCGCGACUCGUUCUUUAGAAAGACGAUUUCUAUAGUUUUAUUGUCUUUCAUUGUUAUAAUGAACCAACCACGAGCCUGGAUAGUAUAAGUAGAUUCUAGCUUUCCGCGAAGCAAUCACUGUAAAUAAGCUGCUGUAGCAUAUACUCGGAAGGUGGAUAGUGCUUUUCCCACAAUUUUAUUGAUUGUUCAGCUCCAGAUCUCCUCUUCACUUCCGGAUAAAAACAAAAUGUCUCCCUGUUUUGUUCCGGUUGCAUUUUUCGCAACUACUCUGGGUCAAAUAAAUUUCACAUUCGAAACUUCAAGUCUCAUCUAUAAUUAGUACAAGAGAUUAGUGCCAGUCCCUUCCUUCUCGCAUGGAUAACCAGCUUAAUUUUAAAAUCGAUUCGAUGUUAUUUACAUAACGUCUAGUCACAAAUCUAGCCGCUGAGUAUUGUAUUCGCUGCAGUCUCUUGAGAAGAUGUUGGGUUAGUGGAUACAAUACAAUGUCACCAAAGUCUAAACGAGAAAAAAUGAAGCUUUCAGCCAAAUGUUUCCUCAGGAGAAAGUUGCGAAGUUCUUAAUUUUUCUGAGAUUUGCUAGAGUAGCACGUCGAAGCGAUUCGAGAACCUUUGUCCUCUUCGAGAACCUUUGUCCUCUUCGAGAACCUUUGUCCUCUUCGAGAACCUUUGUCCUCUUCGAGAACCUUUGUCCUCUUCGAGAACCUUUGUCCUCUUCGAGAACCUUUGUCCUCUUCGAGAACCUUUGUCCUCUUCGAGAACCUUUGUCCUCUUCGAGAACCUUUGUCCUCUUCGAGAACCUUUGUCUUCUUCGAGAACCUUUGUCCUCUUCGAGAACCUUUGUCCUCUUCGAGAACCUUUGUCCUCUUCGAGAACCUUUGUCCUCUUCGAGAACCUUUGUCCUCGUCAAAUAACAUAUUAUAUGUUCAAUGUUUCCUACUUUGUUUCAAUUUAGAUCACUCCACCUAACAAACAACAAAGAAUAUCAACUGACUAUACGUGGUAUCAACAACGCUGGGCUUUAUGCUGACAUAAAAUCACCUAUCCUCAUCCUCUUAAGUAAAGCUCCAGGUCUCGGUACGGUGUCGGACGGCGAAGACCCGACGAUAAAUAUCGAUUACCAAACGAACACAUCCGAAAUUUACGCGACUUGGAAAGGUUUUGAAACAGCGAACAUUAAAGUCCGAGCUUACUUUAUUGCUGUCGGUAGCUGCAUCAAAGGAAACUAUCACGUGACUGAUAACCAGUUUAUACCGGUUAAUCCAGCCACGGCUACCUCGUUUGGAAUACAAGGACUGAGUCUGGUCAACGGUCAGAAAUAUUGUAUUAAAAUCAAAGCAGAAAAUCUAGCCGGCGUUCAAACUCAGCCUGUCUCCUCGGACGGAUUCAUAGUUGACGUGAACCCCCCUGAUCUGAAACGGGCGAUGGUAUUAGACGGUAGUGGCGAUGAUGAUAUAGAUUAUCAGUCAAGCAGGGGGGAGCUGUCUGCUACUUGGACCGGGAUCCAAGAUCACGACUCGGGGAUAAACCAUUUUGAAGUUGCAGUCAGUCGGAAUCGGGUUGGCGAACCGGAUGUGACGUCAUUCAUAGACGUUGGCCAAAACACGUCAGCAAAAAUAUCUGGGCUAAGUUUGCACAAAGACGUGUAUUACGUCAUAGUGUGUGCUAUAAAUAACGCAGGAUUAAAAUCAUGCCUAGCUUCGGAUGGAGUCCUUAUUGAUCCGACCCCUUCAACAUCCGGUGUAGUGCACGACGGAAUACUAGAACCGGAUGUUCGUUACCAGUCUUCCACGAAAAAUAUGAGCGCGAACUGGGAACGAAUCUGGGAUUUGGAAAGCAGAGUGGAAAGAUUCGAAUGGGGGAUUGGAGAAAAGCAUCCGGGAUCUGUGUUGAACUUUGUUGACGUAGGUCUGCAAACUCACGUGACAAGUGAGAAAGUGUUAGCUCUACAACAUGGUCAUAAUUACACG